UCCGUUGCUGUUACUGAUGUUUGAGUGUUUAGACUUCGGACUCAAUGGCUUGGAGAGCGUGUACCAGGUUUGUGAGCAGGACCCCGUCCACUGCAAGAGGCGCCGGAGUCAGAGGCACUAACCGGUGUUACUGGACCACUACUUCGAGGAGGAGCGCCGCUGCUCUGGCCAGUGGAAGAGCUGCUUUACUCCUGGGGCUCCCUGCCCUCUCCUGCCUGGGAUAUGAAGCUUAUAACCGGAUGCAGAGUUUAGCCGUGCUCCAUGCUAUAGGACAAGAGGAGGUUUUGGAGCAGGCUGACUACCUGUAUAGCUGUGCAGAGACCGAGAAACUCUACCAACUGCUGCUGCAGUACAAGGACAGUGACGAUGCAGAGUUCCUGUGGAGGUUGGCCCGGGCAUCUCGGGACCUGUCCCUCCUGCCCAACAUGGAGGCCGAGCGGAAGAAGCAGCUGAUGUUCGAGGCCUUUGAAUACGCCAAGAGGGCACUGGAGAAAGAUGACAAGUGUUUUGCAGCACACAAGUGGUACGCUGUGUGUCUCAGCGACGUCGGGGAUUACGAGGGAGUCAAGGUGAAAAUAGGAAAUUCAUACAUCAUCAGGGAACAUCUAGAGAGAGCCGUCGAGCUGAAUCCCAAAGAUGCCACUUCCUUACACAUCCUGGGUUACUGGUGCUUUGCUUUUGCUGAGCUGCCGUGGUAUCAACGCAAGGUGGCGGCUGUAAUCUUUGCGUCACCACCUGUGUCCACAUACGAGGAGGCCCUGGCAUUCUUCCUGAAGGCUGAAGAGGUUGAUCCUGACUUCUACAGUAAAAACCUGCUGAUGCUCGGGAAGACCUACAUGGGUAUGAAAGACAAGCAGAAAGCUCUGUUCUGGUUAACCAAAGCUAAAGAGUACCCUGCUCACACACUGGAAGACAAAGAGGUCCAUAAAGAAGCCGUUGACCUCCUAAAGAAGCUCGGAUGAAGCUGUGUUAACACUGAGUGGAACAUGAAGCCUUUCAGGACUUUUAGACUGUUAAUAAUUGCUAACAAAACGUUUUCUUUGUAUGAUUUUGUAAUUAAUUAUUGAUACAGUAGAACUGUAAGUGACCUUGCACACAGAAGACACUCUUGCCUUUUGAGGUAACAAGGUUAUGUCCAAACAUCCAGCUUGUUGUUAAUUUAAAACCGAUAUAACUACAAGUACAGGAUGCCUGUACAUAAUCGAUUACUGUAUCUGUUCAAGCAAACAGCACGUUUUGUGUGUUAAGGGGAAAAAUUGCACUAAACUGUAGUUUUUAUGCCUCCGCAGCAAGAGCCCGAGGUUUUCCGGUUGUCCGUCCAUCCCAUUCUCACGGACACGAUAUCUCAAUGACACUUGGACAGAACUUCUUUAAAUUUGGCACAAACAUUCACUAGGACUCAAGGAUGAACUAAUUAGAUUUUGGUGGCUAAAGGUCAAAGGUCAAGGUCACGAUGACCUCACAAAACAUGAUUUUGGCCUUGUGAAUACAAUAGCUCAAACUCUGCGAGGGAGUCGCUUCAAAUGUGGCACAAACAUUCACUUGGACUUGAGGACAAACUUAUUAGGUUUUAGGGGUCAAAGGUCAAAGGCGUGGUGACCUCAUGAAACACAGUUUUGGCCUUGUGAAUGCAAUAUCUCGAGAACUC